CAAACAACGCCAGCCAAGAUGCCAGUUGAAAGCAAGCACAUGAAAACUAUGGCUUCUACGGACUACUUAUCCUUUGGCUUUGCUGCUGUUGUUGCUCUUGGAGGCGUGUUGGGGUAUGCCAAAGCAGGAAGCACAGUCUCUCUUGCGAUGGGGCUGGGCUUUGGAGGGAUAGCUGCAUUUGGUGCUGUGCAGACUUCAAGGGAUCCAAAGAACGUCUGGGUGCUGCUUGUUUCAUCAAUGAUUCUUGCUGGUGCAAUGGGUUCGAGGGCAGUUAGGAGUGGCAAGUUUAUGCCUGCUGGUUUCAUAGCGACUCUUAGUCUAGCUGAAGCUGCUCGCAUGGGUUACAGACUGCUUAAUCAAUAACCAAGAUAGAGUAAGGACAUAGGGCUGUUCUGUUUGACUGUUUUGUUCUGCAGAUGCAACCUUUAAUAAGUAUAAGAAUCUGCAUGUAUCUGUCUGUACAGGAAUCUUUAAUCUUACAUGCAUUGACAAUUUAUAACUGAUAAUGUGUUAUAUCUGCUUCAAACCCAAAACACAUGCACCUAUUUCAAAAAAGGUUUUUCUGAGCCAAAGGAGAUUUUUGGAUUCUUUUUCUUGCAAGCUAAUUAACCAAUCAAAGCACACACUAUAUCGCUAUGUUAUAGAUAGUUUUGUCUUAAGAGAUUAAAGUCUAGUUGCUUCAAGUGCUUUGCACAGAAGUGGUUGAAGGAAUGAUUAUUUACAUGCAAGGUUAA